UAAAGUACCGCACCUGGUACUGUGCUGCAGAUCCUCCUGGCCUUCGCUGCCAGCUGCUGGCUGCUCUGCAGAUGCGGGCCUCGGACUUCCCUGGCCACAAAGAUUCAGGCGAUCGACUGUGGUGUCAGGCACAGCAGUGCGAGUGCGUGUGCAUGUGCAUGUCAGUUUCGGGAGUCGCAAUUCGUUACGGUUCCCUUCUACUUCUCCUUCUCCUAAUUCUUCUCGGUCGCCUCGAAAUCUGCGAUUUAAAUUAGGUGGAAGAAACUCGAAUUUUCUUGCGAAUUCACCAUCUUCCUCAGCGCGUGUCGUCUCGUCUCGUCUUGACUUGCCUGGUGAUGGUUCUCGUGGUGCUUUAAUUGUUUGCGCUUGGUGAAGUGUCUGUGUCGUGGCGGAGGGUUUUUACUGCGACUCGGUCGGCGGAAUGGGAUUUCGCCGUGUGAUGAAGGAAUUGAUUCCUGUUCGACUUGGACGUCGGAGCGCAUUUACUUCAUUUCAUCUCAUCUCUCAGUCCACCACCCCUCACCUCAAUGCACGUUCUAGGUCGAUCGUGUGAUCGAUCAUCGGAGGGAAUGUGCCAAGAGGUUGAAUAUGGGGGGAAAAAUUCAAGUCGAUAAGUGCCCUGGGCCGCGGGAAUGAGACGGACUGUAUGCGGAUGUAGGAUUGAGCUCUUUCCGUACUAAUGGCAGGACGAGAGCCUGAUUGCUACAGGGGAUUGCGUGCGAGGAUGUUACCGAUUUCGACCAGAGGUGGUGCUGCUUGUUGUCGAGAGGUGUGAGGUGAGUUGUCUCGUCCGGGAUGUGAGCAUUAGGUCAGAGGGUCGGCCUCGCAAAACUUUGUCGUUCUGAGGACCGGUGGAAGCUGGAGGAAUGGCUGAGGCCGAGACUAAGCAUAAGGAAGAGGAAGGAGGUGUGAGAUUCCAAAUAGAAGAGAAGGCCUCAGAAGCUGCCGAUGCCGAAGGCGACGAUGACGAAUCGGAUGUAACUGACCCAGAGCUCGAGACUACAAUCCCCCCGACCACUCCACGGCCUUCCAUAACAGCCGCUAUUCGACGGGGAUCCUUCUAUGGCGAUGUCAAAGCCCGUGCCUCUAUUGUGGACGUCCUUUCCGACACUGAAACGGAGUCCGACUGGUCCGAGAAGUCAUCAGGUUCCACCACAGGAGGUUCCGCUUGCGAAGAUGAAAGCGUCCAGAGCAGUGUCGACGAUACUGACGACGAGGAACAAUUAUCGACCAAAUUCCGAGUCUAUAUAAUGGGCUUCCUUGAAGGCAUGUUGGAGCGUCUGUCCCUGAUGGCUACACUGCCCGGGGCUACAUCGAUCCAUGAUACAAGCAUUAAUCUUGAAGAUGUUCCAGAUGGUCUUCCGGUGCUCACAGAAAAGAAAGAGUUGCUUGACGCUGCCAAUCUCAUUCAUUUCAGUUUGGGCAUUCCUUCAAAGCUAUCCAAAUUUACAACAGAGACGGCUUGGCUUACUGGAGUGCUGACCACGGUUAACAAAGAGGUGGUGGAAUCUAGCAGUUUCAGCGUGUUUCAAGACGUCAUGGACAAAGACGAAUUGAAGAUUAGAAGGCUACCUUCGAGUAUUGCUCAUGUGAAGGAAUUGAAAGACAAGAUGGACAUGCUUCAUGUCCUAAUCGAAGCAGAGGCACAAACACAAAAGGAAGCCAUGCGCGAGUGGGCCAAGAAUAUCGCAGAGAGGAAAAAAGAGCUAAAGGAAUUGAGGGCGGAUAAUAUGGUCCAGUACAGAUACAAGGCAGAUACUGCUUUAGCAAGUGGAGAUUUGUGUCGCCGAGAUUUUGAGGUUCGGCUUGUCAACCUGAGGGCAGAAAAUGUUCGCUUAAAGCACGACCUUGAGGUCGAGAAGAACGUCCACGAUGCGAGUGUGGAGUUCUUGAAAAAACAGAACAUAGAUCUGAGAGAAGAAGCAGUUUCGUUGCAAGCCAGUUUCGAGAUCGAUGUACAUAACCUCGACCACAUGCUUGAAAAAAUGAAGUUACAAAAGAAGGACAAGGAGCUAAUUCUUGCAGAACUGGAGCCUAGGUACAUGAAAGAAAUGGCCGAACUAGAGGCAGCUAGACUUGAAGCAAUCAAGCAGGAAGAAUAUUUUUACGCAAACCAGGGAAAAUGCGAGUUGCAGCUAGUUGCAGUGAUGAGGAUCCAAAGAAUCUGGCGUGGUUUCCUCGUCAGAAAAAUAUAUCGGAAGGUACUCAAAAAGCUGAAAAGGAAGAGACUCAAGGCAGCCAAAAAGGCCAAAAAGGGUGGGGGUAAGAAAAAAGGCGGGGCAAGGAAGAAGAAAAAGUAGUAAUAGUAGGCUGGGCAUCAACCUCUCCGUUACUUCGUCCACUGAGGCUUCUUUCUCGUACCACGCUUUACAAUGUUCAGCAGUACGAGUUGGACGCAAUCGCAGAACAAUCAUCUUUGGGUUCUUCUCAGAUGCUGUGAACGACGUGUUCUCAAGCUUCUUGAGGUCGGUUGUUUUUUUCUUAAAGAAAGCAACAGUAAAUUGUAAGGUAUGAUAGUUUGACGGAACUCGCCGGCUGUAAUGAAGCAACUUGGGGAUGGCCACGAUGUACUGACCAACUACUCUCACGAUAUACAAGGUGAGGAGGUGAUUUUCGAUGUCAACCACGUUAUAUAAAAAAAUCUCGAUUUGU